AUGAGCUUCGAAAUCCUCAAUACCUUACAACCCACUGCUUCUGGCCAUGCGGCUCAGAUGCUAUUGGGUCCUACGAUCCUCGGAUCGCUUCUAGGCAUCUUCACAUUUGGGAUUCUCUCUUGCUUGUUUUUCUCCUAUGUCACCGGUCCUCUUUACCAUCACGAUGCUUGUUUCAUUCGAGUUUGUGUUUGGCUAGUUUGGCUUACAGCCUUAAUCAGCGCUUUUCUCAACGCCAUCGAGAAUUAUUCAUAUGGCGUAUCACAAUCAAGAGAUUAUAGUACUCUCAGAUAUCCUAUACUGUCUGAUUGUUUGGUGACCGUCCCUCAAGCAAUGUGCGCACUCAUCGUUCAACUUUACCUCGCACGCCGGGCUACCUCACUAAUAAAGAGUAGAUUGAGAAAGUACACUCUUCGUGGACUACUGUUUACUUUGAUACUUGAGUCAUGGGCAUUUUCAGUGGUUCAGGUGGUCUUAUCAUUUCACGACCGGCAAGGGGACACUCAAGCUCUAAAACCUCUAACUCUCAACUUGGCCAGCGCUACAUGGCUAUGGAGCAAUGCCAUUGCAGAAGUAUGCGUCACUACGGUCAUCUGUCUAAGUUUACGCUCAAAGUUGUCAAAAAGCGAUAAUCAACUCACUAACGUGGUACUCGCCAAGCUAAUCCGGCUCGCCAUCUACUCGGCUUCUAUAACCUGUUUUGUUGCUGUGGGAGGAGCUAUAUGCGCGACAAUUGCGAUCAAUCCGCAAAGCCCUUCGGUGAACUUGUCGAUCGCUUUCACAUCCAUUUUGCCUGGAUUGUAUGGAAUCGUGUUCAUUGUCACUCUAAUGAUUCGGGAGCAACUCCGUUCCGAUCUAGAGGGAGGGCCUUCUGCUCAUCCGGAAUUGAUGGAGCAGAUACACAUUCAUAGAGAAGGUCACCUUGACUCAUCAAACGGAGUCACUUUCCAACCUAUCUCUCCAACCACACAUGUCCAAGACAAAUCUCCACACUCUUCUCCAGUGACCUUCUCACCUCCUUGGCCAAAAAUCCAAUCUUCCUCACCUUCACCAGGUUUUUUAAAUCUCAGAGCCAGAAUUCUAGGAUUCUGUGUUACCAGACCUGAUAGUUCUUUUAACAUCCCAAGAAGGUUUCAAAGACUUGGAUCUCUGUUCUGA